UACAACAAAAGGCCUGGGCCGCUAACAGCUAAAACCAUAUUAACACAACCUCCACACCCCUAACCAAAACCUAGGGUUUCCAUUAUUAUAGCGACUGCAUCUUCCCGGAGCUUCAGCCGCCGAUACCUGCAACUCCGACUGUAAUCAUGUCGCUAGUCGCAAAUGAAGAUUUCCAGCACAUUCUUCGUGUGCAGAACACGAACGUUGACGGAAAGCAGAAGAUUAUGUUCGCUAUGACCAGUAUUAAAGGUAUUGGUCGUCGGUUUGCUAAUAUCGUCUGCAAAAAGGCUGACGUUGAUAUGAACAAGAGGGCUGGUGAACUCUCAAGUGCUGAGAUAGAUAAUCUGAUGACAAUUGUGGCUAACCCACGCCAAUUCAAAAUCCCAGACUGGUUUUUGAACAGGAAGAAAGAUUACAAGGACGGGAAGUACUCGCAAGUCACAUCAAAUGCUCUUGACAUGAAAUUGAGAGAUGAUCUUGAGCGGUUGAAGAAGAUCAGGAACCAUCGUGGUCUUCGUCAUUACUGGGGUCUUCGUGUGCGUGGACAGCACACCAAAACCACUGGUCGUCGGGGAAAGACCGUUGGUGUGUCCAAGAAGAGAUAAGGUGUUUUGUUUUUUUUGAAAUCAGGUUACGUUCUGGGCUUAGACAUUUUAAUGGAUCUUUAUUGUCAUCAGUUUUGAAUGUUUGGGUUAAAGUUCUCAUUUUAUGGUUAUACUGUUACAGUCUUUUAUUUGAUGUUCUUGCCAGCAUGUUUUUGAUUUCAUGUUAGAAGGAAGCUGUUGUUUGAAAUGGAUAAAUGAUGAAUUUUUAUGUGUA